UACAACUAUAAAAAUACUUCGUGCGUUUCGAUAUGUAUUCAGUUCUGGUUAGAUACACUUUGAGAUCAGUUGAAUUCUUGUUUCUGAAAUCGAUAUAUCAAAAAUGAAAAUUAUCCUGUUUAUUUUUGGCUUUUGCGUUUGCGUUGGUGCUCUGACGAUUGAAGAAUUAAAAACUAGAUUACAUGCUGAGCAAUCAGCUUGCAGCACAGAAACUGGUAUUGACCAACAAAAAGCAAAUGACAUUGUUCAAGGCAAUGUCGAUGUGGAAGAUAAGAAAGUUCAAUUGUACAGUGAAUGUAUAUUAAAAAGUUUAACGUUGUUACUUGACAAAAACGGAGUGUUUAAGCCGCAAGGAAUCGUACAAGUCAUGGAAUUACUUAUAGACGAGAAUGCUGUUAAACAAUUAGUCUCCGAAUGUUCAGCCAUCUCUGAAACCAAUGUACAUUUGAAAGCAAGUAAGUUAGUACAGUGUUUUUCGAAAUAUAAAACGAUGAAAGCUGUAGACUUUCUCUAAACGUCCAAACGAAAAAGAAUUCAUAUCAAAAG